GGCGGAGUAAGGAGCCAGUGUGCUGUAAGAGGUAACCUGGCGAGUGGCAGCGGCUCUUCUCCCGUGCUGUGGCUCACGCUUUGGUACUGGAGGCCGAGACUGUUCUGGCGACCGCGACCUCUGCGGCGACGGCUGAGGCUCUCGGAGAAGCAGAGGAGUACAACCUGGAGGAAGGGCUUCUGGUCAGCCCAGGUUCUGUCAUAAUGAAUGGAUCCAGUGUAGCAAAUACAUCACCUAAUGUGAAAUCCAAAGAGGAUCAGGGAUUAAAUGGGCACGAUGAGAAGGAAAACCCAUUUGCAGAGUACAUGUGGAUGGAGAACGAAGAAGAUUUCAACAGACAGGUGGAGGAGGAACUGCAGGAGCAAGACUUCUUAGACCGCUGCUUCCAGGAGAUGCUGGAUGAAGAAGACCAAGAGUGGUUCAUUCCCUCACGGGACCUGCCUCAGGCCAUGGGACAGUUGCAGCAGCAGUUAAAUGGACUGUCGGUCGGCGAUGGUCAUGAUUCUGAAGAUAUUUUGAGCAAAAGUAAUCUGAACCCGGAUGCCAAGGAAUUUAUUCCAGGAGUGAAGUACUGAGCUGACAGAAAGCUUUGAGGAGAACUUGUAUGUCCCCACACCUUGGGAUAGCGCUGCACAAAGAGGCAGAGCAGAAGAAGGGGGUGGGGUGGGCGAGGGGUGCACAGUGGGGAAGGGGGAUAGUGGUUUAACUUGACACUGUGACUGGAGUAACUAAUGUGCUCAGUCUUACUCUACAAGCCUCUGAGUCUCUGAGUAUUUCUCUUUUGUUCUACUGACUUUGGUUUGGUGCAGUUUCCUAUUGUUAUUAUUAUUAUUAUUAGCUUUUUGAGUUAAGGAUAUCGCAGUCUUUUUUUCCCCUUCAUCAGGAAUGUUCUGCUGUGUGUGUUUAAACAAAACAAGCUGACCAAGAAAAUCUGGGUGUUUAAGAAUGCCCUUCUCACCCUACUGUACACUUACUGAGGGCAAUGUUCAUUGCCUAGAGAAUUACUUACUGAGUCUGCUAAGCUGGAUGAGAAGAGGGACGAGUGGAAGAAGGAGGUGUUGCAAAUUGGGGUUCACAGCCCAGCUCCCCUCACCCCGAGGGCUUUCCUGUGAUGAAGCAGAUUACCAUGGCCUGCAAAGCCAGCGUGUUCUUGCCUGGAACCCCGUUCAAGAAAAUCCAGACUCCAAGGACUGGUUUCUGGUAACUCUUCUGAUGGUUCAUGAAAGUUAAAAACCAGCAGUGGUGGGCUGUGACAGUGAUUGCCAUUGGGGGUCACUCUGUCAUUGCUGGCCUGUUCUUAAGUCUCUGCUUACAGCCACCAUCAAAGUCAUUAUUCAUUAUUUGUGAGGUCAAAGAGCUCUAGGGUGGGUUGGUCACUUUAUCCCUCAUGGCAUCUGGUCCCCUUCUCCUUUCCAUACCAACCCUGUUCUGUUUUUGAGAAAAGAUAUUGUUACCAAAGGAAAAGGAGAGGCAUGCUGUGCUGGCCAUCAGCUUCACUCUGGAGUAGCCAACCCUGAGUCCUAUUAAUUGUGUCUUAAGAGUAUUUUGGCAAUUUUUUGCCAGCCUCAUGAAGACUUGGUCCUCCUGGUAUCUUCCCUUAGUAAAUUAUUCCCAGUAACUUUUCCCAAGUAAACAUUUUUCAAGACACCAGCAAGAAACUCAGUUUAUAAUUUGGAUGCCUCUUCCCACCUUACAGAUUUAUGCAAAAGAACUCAAAAAAAGCCUGUUAGAGGGAGUCCUGCUUGACCCAUGUGACCAUGUGACCCACCAGGACAGUUUCUGUAAUUAUAAAAUUUUGCUGUUGCCAUAUACCCAGCUUUACAGCUUUUCUAGGUUGAGCUCUUUGGGUAUAUUCAUUUUGUUUUUCCUGACUGUAAAACAGCUGAUACUCAUAAGGGAUUAAACUGCGCACCAGAAGUUGCCUUUGUGUGAUAAGAAUGUAUGUGGCAGAGUCAGGUCUAAAGGAGACCAUGUGGAGUCCUGGCCGUUCUCCUAGGAUGAGGGUUUGCAGAGGCCUGAGGGGGACAGUGGCUUCUGUAUGACUGCUGUUGUGUUGUGUCAGGCUAUCAGGAAAAGACCACGUAAUGAAAUAAAGUCUGUGUAAAUUCAGUAUGUGGAUAUGGGUCAGAGGUUGGAAGGAAAGGACCGGUGUCUAGAAAGCUUAGAAAUUUCUCCCUUUUCUUAGGUACUCUCUUGUUGACUUUUUUGAAUAGCCACAGGCUAAUGUCAGAUUUAAAAUAUGAACCCACAUCUUUUUCUCAUUAGAAGUCUAUAGGAUGGCAUCGUUUAAAGAAUGGCCUUCCUCGUUAGGACACAUGUCAGAGGAGAGUAGCUUAAGGAGCUCCUAUUGCCAGGUGUGCACAUUAAAUCCCAAAGCCUCUACCUCAAGAGAAUGGAACAUUUAAUUCAUUUCCAGGGAGGGCUAUGAAUAAAGAAACGAGUUUAUUGCACCUUCCGCUUUCUUAAAGAUUUAUUUAUUUAUUUAUUUGACAAAGACACAGCGAGAGAGGGAACACAAGCAAGGGGAGUGGAAGAGGGAGAAGCAGGCUUCCCUUGGAGCAGGGAGCCCCGUGCAGGGCUUGAUCCCAGAGCUCUGGGAUCAUGACCUGAGCCGAAGGCAGACGUUUAAACCAGCUGAGCCACACAGGCACAGCUUCAGUUUUCCAACUGGGGUCAUCACCUCUAAUGGGGAGAGAGCCUUGGAAGUGCAGGAAUAAAGAGGUCUGUCUGUCCCAGGGGCUCCGUUUCCUCCUCCUGUUAGCGUGUCCGAGUUCAGAGUUCUGAAGGUUGCGCAGGGAAUAUAUUGAGACUGCAGGAAGAGCCAUUUUCUAGAGUGUGGGCGUCUCCGUCAGAAAGAUACAAAUGAUUCUAGUGUGGCUCCUAGUCUAGAGAGCCCUACAGGGAUCCAGAUGGAGCCAUUUCUUCAUCUUGAAGAAGGCUUGCUCUCCUGACCAGGAUCGGCUGAGAUGUUGGGGGCAGUGCAAAGGGCUUGUCUGUCUGCUUUGGGGUUCCAUUUUGGAUAUCAGUCUGGGGUUUCACCAGGCUGAUUUGGUCCGGAGUAAGAGAGCUUCCUGCCAGAUGAGCAGCAGAACCUGAGGGCUGGACUUUCCAGUCCCAUUCAGACCCGAGAGUCUGCUGGCUCCAGGAGCAGGAAGCAGCUAGCAGCGCUGUGGGCUUGCACUGCAGACAGUUUCUCUCCCGUAGCCCAGCUGUUUUCUCCAUCCUUUGUGUGUUGUAAGGCGGGAGCACAGUUGUUACCCAGAUCAUAAGCUCAUCUAGAGAGUUUGCAAGCUCCUCACUAGAAAAAGUGGGGAGGUCUUGUUGGACCUUCGCUGGGGAAAGACUGGGGGCCCCUGUCUCCGACCUUUCCUCGUAGGAACCAAUCUGGGUGCAUGCCCUCUGGGCACCUUGACCCUUUAAGGGUGAGACAGGUAUUUAUAAAUAGUUAUUUUGAUGUUGAAUUUUAGCCACCACUCUGUUUAAAAUUGUUUUGUUGGCAAACUGAAAGUUGGACGAUGUGUAUAGCAAUAGUGUGUGUGUUCUCUCUAAGUGCCAGUUCUGGCUGGGCCCAGGGUAGUUUCUCAGUGACUGGUUUCGGAGUUUUGUGAUUGUUGGACUCUAAAACUGCAAGAUGAAAAUUAUUUUAUCUCUUGCUCUUCAAGAGAAAAAAAAAAAAAAAAGUCAAGGAAAGGUCUUUUCAACUUCUCCAGGUCUUUGAACCGCAGGAGAAAACUUGACAGCUAUAGCCCAGGCCUGAGCACCUGCAGCUGUGAGGCCCUAAGCAUUUCAGACCGCAGCUGUGGACUUCUGGGAUCACGUGUGGUCAAACCAAGACAGAUUGUUAAGGGAGAGGCAGGACUUCAGUUUUCAAAGUCAAAACAGCUGGAGUCUCUUUAAUUAAGGUUAUAACACUAACGAUGGCUUAAAAAAUGUUUUUAGGGAAAUACUAAGCAGGAUUUUUUUAAUUGUGUAUUGUCCUACCGUCAGUUUUGUCUUGAUUUGGGGGAAGCUAGGGAGUAAGGAGGUCAUUACAAUACUCUGGCAAUUCUAGAUGUCAGGGAGGAAAGUUGUACAAAGGAGCUGAAGGAAACCAUUGACUGAAUCCUCUCAUGUUAGUGCUGUUGCAGACCCCACAUAGAAACCUCGGGUGCCCAGGAAUCGACCCUGCUGUGAUUGAAGAGGAGAGUUGAUCUUCAAUAAGGGUCCCAGUAUCACAGGUUAAUAAUGGUUCUUGGUUUAGGCAACGUUUAGGUAUGGAAAGAGCAGACACCUCACAAAUUCGACCAAGAAUUGGACAUGGCCACCUGUUGGGGAAGACUCUGUAUCCCCAGCCCCUCUCCCCUGGGAUAAUGCAUUCAUUUGGGAAAUGAGUGGUGAGAUUGACCUGGUCCUGUGGGCAUUGGGAAACUCUAAGUUAUUUACUAGAAAAUAGUACAGUGUUUUCACCAUGUAACUUGAUGCUAAGUGAUAAUCCCGCCCUACAAAUCGAGCCUUCAGAAAUGUUCAAUGCUUGAUGUGUGGUUUGGGAAGCAGGGAUUUUUUUUUAACAACUUUAUUGAGGCAUAUUUUACAUAUAAAAUUCACCCAUUUCAACUGUACAUUUCAGUUAUUUUAGUAAGCUUCCGGAGUGGUAAGGCCAUAACCAUACUCAGUUUUAGACAUUUUCCAUCCCAGCCAUGAGAUCCUUCGUGUCCAUUUACAUGAUAAUCCCUGCUCCCAGCUCUGGGCAACCACUUAUCUUUCUGUCUCUACAAAUUUCCCUUUUCUGGGCAUCAUAUCAGUGGAAUCCGACAAACUGUGGUCUCUUUUGGCUGGCUUUUCCCCUUAGCAUAUUUCUGAGUUUCAUCCCUGAGCUGUAACUUGUGUUGGUAGUUUAUUCUUUUAGAGCACUCAGUAGUGUUCCACUGAUAGGCUAAUUUUGCCAGCAGGGAAUCUUGUAAACUUGGACUUCGGCCCCCUGUGGUCUAAAUAGAACCCUCAGAACAGGGGACUCCUGGGCGAGCUGCUGUGAGUGUCCCAGGAACGACUCCUCAGAACCAGCUGUGUCAUCAGAGGCUCUGUGUGAGGAGCCGAAACUGCUGCAGAAAUUUUUAUCAUUUUGCAACUUCUUUUUUAUAAGGAAUUCUUGUGCUGUCUACACAACAGGACUUUUGAAGCAUCUGGUAAUUUAAUGAGUCUGUUUUGAGUGGACACAAAAGUGAAGCCAUCCGUACGCUGUUGGCUAUUUUACCCUCCAGAACUGGAUGGAGGGGAAUCACUGAACUUCUGGAUACAGUAUUGUCUCCGUUACAAAGCUGAACACGUAUUAAAGAUUGUGCUGCCUUUGUUGGAUGGAUUUGGAGAGAAGGACGAUGGCCAGCAGAGAAGGUCAAGGGGAGAAAGGGAGUAGAGCCUGUGGGACGAGAAGCCCCCGAGGGCCUGUGUGUGGCUUGCUCAGCGGCCUGAAGCGGCUUCGUGCCUCCAGUGGGCAAGUCUUGACUUGCAACUUUGAUCCCUGUUUCACAAGUGUUUAACAGCUGUUUUUGUUCCCUUUUUCUCCUCUAAAUACACAUGAUGUGGUAGUUAUUAAUGUCUUUGGGGGAGGGGCAGGGCUUUACAAUAGAAGAAAAUGAUUUUCAUAAAAAUAGCAAAAAUGGGGAAAAAGUUACUUUUUAAAAAUUUUGCUAUAUAAAUCAAAUGGCAGCUGUGGAAAAAAGUCUCAAUAAAAUGAGAAUAAAAUGCA